AUACGGAAAUGUAAACGAAAACAAAAUGGCGGCGUCCUUGAGCAGACAGGGAAGAAUAUUAUCUAUUGCUUGUAGCCAACUGAAUUCUGCGACUUGUCUCAUCUCUGGAUCAAGGAGCAUAAACACCAGUGCAGUUUGCUAUAAGAACCAUGCAGCCCGCAUUCGGGUGGGUAAAGGUGACAGGCCAGUGACGUAUGAACAGGCCCUGCACCCACACCACAUAGCUCAUAGGAAGGGAUGGCUCUCUCAACACACAAGUAACCUCCAGGGAGAAGGAAGUGCUGCAGAGCGGACUGUAGAAGACAUGUUCAUCCGCCGUUUCAUCUUUGGCACGUUUCAUGGUUGUCUGGCUAACGAACUGGUUAUCAAGCGCAGGGGCAACAUGCUGGUCAUCUGUGCUUUGAUGCUACAGAAACUCCAGCCUAAUAAAUAUUAUUUCCUUAUCGGCUACACAGAAGAGCUGCUCUCACACUUCUACAAGUGUCCUGUAAAGAUGGAGAUACAGACACUGGAAGAUAAAAUUGUCUACAAGUAUCUCUAAGACCCAGGACGGAGAAUUGGAACAUAAGUAAUUAAUACUUUUUGGUAUAAAACUAAAUAUCAUGUGAAUCUAAUGUAUGUAAUAAAAAAUUCCAUGCUAUUACUUGCCUCUGUGUUUUCAUGUAUAUCUGUAAUGACGAGCUUCAGACGAUACAAUAUCUCCAUUAAAAAUGAGAAUAAAGGAAAAAUACAACAA